CGACUCUCCGCUUUCCCCCACGUCUGCAAAUCCUUGACUACCGAGAAACCCGGAACAUUCAAUCCCGCCACCCCGCGCCGCCAUCAGCCUCAUCCCGAGAAGCUUGUCUGAAUCCAGCAACCCGGACGUAACUCAAUCUCCAUUUAUAUAACCUCGACCGUGAUCCCAUCUCAUCUCAACUACUUCCUGCUCUCGGACCUCGACAGCAAACGAAUCUAGAUACUCCAAGCAAACCGCUUUAGGAGAAUCAUCUCAACCUCACAUACCUAACGGAAUGGCCCGAUAGCAUCCUCACGCUUCAACCUCAACUGCUCGUCACAAAACACCAAUACCUUUUUGGUAGCCUCCCCGGAGAAUCAUCUUCUAUUCUGAGAGCCGCAUGCGGGGAAUUUCCCCGCCUACUCUUUGACUCGGUCAAAGCACCCUUACACCCCAGGGCUCGCUGUUGCCUUUGGAUCUGUUAACCGCUUAACCGUCCUCCCCAUUUCCGACGACCCUUUCCCCCCUUCGAACGGGUCGGUCUAAGCCUUGAUCAUCGGAUCAGGUCUUCAACACUUCUCACCCAGGAAAACCCUCCCACUCUGCCACGGUGGCGUUCUACCUAGACACCAAUAUACAACCCAACCUUGUUGACUCUUGUUAUUGCGUGUUACUCGGAAACACCAUUUGCUACUGCGAAUACUACUCCGACCAGACGACGACUUCCAUCUUGAAACUAGAUUCGGUCGACGACCCACCCAUUCCACCUCCUCCGAUCAUCGGCUCGUUGCCGUGUUCAUCAUGGAGAUCACCUAUGGCACUUGGUGUCAUGGAGUGUCCACUCGACACCCCCUCCUAUUCUUCGGAAACGCUGAGCCCGACUCGAAGCCCCCUAAACCCCGGGAACGAAAAUGAAAGCGAUAAGGCCAGCGACAGCGGGUUCAGCAACGGCGUCGCGACGCCCGCUGCCGCCGGUAUCGACAUUUCGCGACUACGUUUUGAAUGCCGUUGGCAGAAUUGUGGCAAGGUCUUUCGCAGACCUAGUGAUUUGACCAAACAUGAGAGGUACCACAUCAAGGAGUACCUCUGCGACGAAGCGAACUGCGACAAGGCCUUUGCGACCAUGAAGGACCUGAAGCGGCACAAGAAGACGCACGAGACGCUCGACGGCGACGGCGCGGGCGGGGGCUACAGGUGCCGCGUCCCCGGUUGCCGAAAGGCGAAGACGGGGCACGUGUAUAACCGCCGCGACAACUUUGUCCGUCACCUGCGGACCAAGCAUGUGGGCAUGGACUUUGAUGUCAGGGAGGAGUUUGAUAUGACGUACUGAGAGAUGUGCGUUGUGUGGUGGUGUGUGAGUGAAUGAGUGAUGCGGGUUUUGGUGUAGAGUGGAUGAGGAGGGGAUGAGGAAAUAGGGAGGACGGUGAUGCCUUCUCUUCUUCUUUUUUGCGGCUUCACAACAUCUUUUUUCGGUUCGUUUAACUUGCGAUGUGGACAUGAUCUACGCAACCAGGCAACAGAUUCAACUGUUUUAUAUUCUUGGUAAUUUUCCGAAAUUGGGUUUGGGAUGGGCUGCUUCGUUUCACAAGCUGCUGAACCAGACAAGGAAGCCUUAUAGACUUGGGAGGGUAUUUUGGAUUUUUCCUGGGAUUUCUGGACAUUUGAUACCUUUUGUUCAUGAAAUCAUGCGAUGGACUUAUAAUGGAACACGACUCGACGGCUGCUUCAUGAUCUUGGGCCUGAGAUGAGUGGUUUCUAGUAGUGAGGAGGAAUAUAAUGAUGCACAAACGAUAUGUCCUGGG